AUGUGUACUGCAUUGCGGGCUAAAAAGAAAUAUGGCUUUAUUGAUGGAUCUGUCAAGCAACCAGCAGAUGACUCACUGGAACUAGAAGAUUGGUGGACGAUUAACUCUAUGCUGAUUUCUUGGGUGUUUAACACCAUUGAACCGACGCUUCGCUCGACCAUUUCUCACAUAGAGAACGUAAAGGAUUUGUGGGAGGAUAUUAAACAGAGAUUCUCGAUUGGGAAUGGUCCACGAAUGCAGCAACUAAGAUCGGAUCUGGCGAAUUGUAGGCAGGAAGGUCAACUGAUCGUGUCCUAUUUCGGAAGACUCAAAACAUUAUGGGAUGAAAUAAACAACUAUGAUCAGAUACCAGUGUGUAUCUGUGCAGGCUGCAGAUGCAAUCUUACCAUUAAAUUGGAAAGAAAGCGUGAAGAAGAGAGAGUUCAUCAGUUUUUGAUGGGCUUGGAUGAAGAAGGAUACGGAACAGUGCGCUCUAAUAUUUUGAGCACUGAACCCUUGCCCAAUUUGAAUCAUGCCUAUGCUAUGGUUGUUCAGCAAGAGCGGAUGCGAACUAUGACACGAACCAAGGAAGAAAGAGGCAAUCCUAUGAGUUUUGCAAUUCGAGCAGGUAGUCGAAAUUCAGGGGGGGGGGGUAAAGACAAAUCCUCAAUUUAUUCUAAUUGCAAUCGAGAGGGACAUGAUGCUGAAAGUUGUUUCCAACUGAUAGGUUAUCCAGAAUGGUGGGGUAAUAGACCACGUAGAACUUCUGUUGGACGAGGAGGUGGUCAAAAGCGUGGCAAUAGAGUAGGACGUAGCAAGGGAGAAGUUGCUCGUGCCAACGCCACACAAGCAAUUGGAGUUGAUGGUGGGCGUGGAAUUGUGACAGAUUCAGAUCGAAAGGGUCUUAGUAGAUUAAAUAAAGAGCAGUGGGCUGCUUUGCUGGGCAUGUUGAAUUCUUGUCAGAAUGGUGGCAAUGAGACGCUGACAGGUACGCAGAGGAUAUUUCCUUGGAUUAUUGACACAGGAGCUUCCCAUCAUAUGACAGGAACGUUGGCAUUUUUGAGUGAAUUGCGUGACAUUGUGCCAUGCUCAAUCGGGUUACCUAAUGGAGAAAAGACCUUGGCGGUGAAAGAAGGAACUGUGUUGCUUGGAGGAGACUUGAAAUUGCAACAAGUCCUUUAUAUGCCAAAUUUGAAUUGCAAUCUGAUAUUUGUAUCACAACUACUUAAUGAUUCAAAUUUGGUUAUUCAACUCACUAACAAAAUUUGUGCUAUACAGGACCUAAAUUCGAGGAACCUGAUUGGAGCAGGUGAGCAACUCGUGGGGCUAUACUUUCUCAAGGGAUUUACAUCAGUGCAUGCUUGCAAGACUUCCUGUGUAGGAAUACUUCAACAAAACGACCGAGUGGAAAGAAAACAUCGUCAUAUUCUUUAUGUGGCAAGAGCCUUGCGUUUCCAAGUAAAUUUACCCAUUGAAUUUUGGGGAGAAUGUGUACUUGUAGCUGGGUACUUGAUUAAUAGGACUCCAUCUAUAUUAUUAAAUGGUAAAAUCCCAUAUGAGAUGUUCUUUGGGAAAGUACCUUCUUACAAACACGUUCGGGUUUUCGGUUGUUUGUGCUAUGCGCAUAAUCUAAAUCGGGAUAAAGAUAAAUUUAGUAGUAGAAGUCGUAGGUGUGUUUUUGUUGGGUAUUCAUUUGAAAAGAAGGGAUGGAGAUUGUAUGAUUUGGAAACUAAAGAAUACUUUGUAUCAAGAGACGUGGUAUUCGCUGAAACAGAAUUUCCAUAUGCAAAUGAGAAAACAAUGGGUGAUGAACUCAUUAAAAAUGGAGUUGAGGAGUUGGGUGAUGAAGUUGAUGGUUUAGAGAACAACUUGGGAAAGGAGCACGAUGAAAGUGUGGGUAGAGAAAGUGAGGUGAAUCCUAAAACGGAAGAAUUGAUCCAUGAAAACAGUGAGGGAGUGGAUAGAGGUGAAGUUAUUGAAGAGCAACUAGGUAGGAGACAAAGGGCCAAGCAACCUAGUGUUCGUUUGAAGGAUUAUGUGACAAACGCCAUCAAAAUAAGCCCCUCGGUAUGCUCACCUUCCCAAUCUGAUUCCUUAAGUACGCCUUACUCUAUAGCACAUUAUGUGGAUUAUGAUAAAUUCUCUGCACAACACUGA